CUCUUUUUGAAAAAGCCGUCCUUCCGCGCCCACUCCAAAAACCCUCCAAACUUGAGCAAAAACCCCUGAAAAUUGGAUUCUCUCUCUCACUCCCAUACUCCUUUCAGUUACAGGUAUCACCACUGUCACUCGCCACUAUCAUUUCCUCUCCAUCUCUCUAAACAAAAUCCUCAGCAAUGGAAGAAGAAGAACAAAAAAGGGUUUUAGAUCUGGUUAAAGAAUUAGUUCUUAGGUUAGUUUCUAACUCCUCAUCACCAGAAGAAGAAUCAACAAUCGAAUCAGGAAAAACACUAAAAUAUGCUAUGAGAAUAUUAGGUAGUAGAAUGACGCCAUCAAUCUCUAUUGACGAAGCUUCUAUGGCUGAAUCUAUUAAGCGUCAUCUUGUUAAUGAAGGUAAAUCUUCCGAUGCCCUAACUUUUGCAGAUCUUUAUACUAAGUUCUCAUCCAAAUCCGGUUCUGGUUGUAUUCAAAAUAAAUGGUCUGUACUUUACCUUUUGAAAGUUAUUUCUGAAGAUAGAAGGAAAGACAAGAAAUCUGAUUCUAGGGUUUCUUCUGGGUUCUUUGCUUCUACUGUUUCUGGUGGUCUACCUGUCUUAGUUUAUGAAUCUUCGUGUAAUUCUAGAAAGACCCUGGAUAAUAGUAGGAUUGGUAAUGGUAAUGGUGGUGUUUUGUUAAUUUCGAAAGAUCCUGAGAAUAUUAGGGACAUUGCUUUACGUGAUUUUGCAAAUUUGUUGAAGGAAGAAAGCGAGAUUGUGGAGGGGUGUUUAGUUAGGGAUGUGUUGUAUGUGUCCCAAGGAAUUGAUGGUAAAUAUGUCAAGUUUGAUAAGAAUUUGGAUGGGUAUGUAUUGUUAGAUUCGAUUAAAGUGCCCAAAUCGAUGAGAAUUAUGGUCCACAAGCUUUGUGAGUUGGGAUGGCUAUUUAAGAAGGUUAAGGCUUACGUCUCUGAAAGUAUGGAUAGGUCCCCCUCUGAAGAUGUUGGCACAGUAGGGCAAGCAUUCUGUGCUGCAUUGCAAGAUGAGCUCUCAGAGUAUUACAAGUUAUUGGCUGUGCUUGAAGUCCAGUCUGUGAAUCCAAUUCCUAUGGUUUCUGAAUCGACAAAUUCGGGAAGUUAUCUAUCCUUGAGGAGAUUGUUGGUAUGGUUUGCUGAGCCAAUGGUGAAAAUGAGGUUAAUGGCUGUUCUUGUCGACAGUUUCAAGGCUUUGAAAGGUGGGGCAAUGGCUGGGGCUAUCCAUAUGCACGCACAACAUGGAGACCCUUUAGUGCAGGAGUUCAUGAGACGGCUUCUCCGCCGCGUGUGUUCUCCACUUUUUGAGAUGGUUAGAAGUUGGGUUUUGGAAGGCGAAUUGGAUGAUAUUUUUUCGGAGUUUUUUGUUCUAGGACAACCAGUAAAGGCUGAGUCACUAUGGGUAGAAGGAUACCGGCUGCAUUCAGUGAUGCUCCCGUCAUUUAUCUCACCAUCUCUUGCUCAGCGCAUUUUACGGACGGGGAAGUCGAUAAAUUUUCUGAGAGUGUGCUGCGAGGAUCAAGGAUGGGCUGAUGCUGCAUCAGAAGCUGCUGCUGCGGUUGGAACCACAACUAGAAGAGGAGGACUUGUCUAUGGGGAGACUGAUGCACUUGAAGCUCUGGUCACUGAAGCAGCGAAGAGAAUAGAUAAGCAUCUUAUGGACGUUAUAUACAACAGAUUUAAGUUCAAGGAUCACUGUAUGGCAAUUAAGCGAUAUUUGCUUCUAGGUCAGGGUGAUUUCGUUCAGUAUCUGAUGGAUAUUGUGGGACCAGAGCUCUCAGAGCCUGCGAACACCAUUAGCUCAUUUAAACUAGCUGGCUUACUGGAAAGUGCUAUCCGAUCUUCAAAUGCACAGUAUGACGAUCCUGAUAUAUUGGAUAGGUUGAGGGUCAAGAUGAUGCAACAUGGCACUGGAGAUAGGGGUUGGGAUGUAUUCUCGUUGGAAUACGAUGCGCGGGUUCCCCUAAAUACCGUGUUUUCGGAGUCUGUGAUGGCAAGGUAUCUUAAAAUUUUUAAUUUUCUCUGGAAGCUUAGGCGUGUUGAACAUGCCUUAAUUGGAAGCUGGAAGACAAUGAAGCCUAAUUGUAUCAGUUCUCACUUUUUAACAAAGAAGGAAUGCCCAGUUAAGUCACAAUUUGAUUCAACAUUAAGGCGAUGCCAAGUUAUUUGGGAUGAGAUGAACCACUUUGUUUCUAACUUGCAAUAUUACAUAAUGUUUGAAGUCUUGGAAGUAUCAUGGUCUCUUUUUGUUGAAGAAAUGGAGGCUGGAGAAGAUUUGGAUGACCUGCUCGCAGCACAUGAAAAAUACCUCCAUUCGAUUGUGGAGAAGUCUCUUCUCGGCGAACGAUCUCAGACCCUAUGUAAGACACUUUUUGUCUUGUUAGACCUCAUAUUACGAUUCAGAAGUCAUGCUGACCGGUUAUAUGAAGGGAUCUACGAGUUGCAGGCCAGGACAAUGGAGUCAUCUUUAUCUAUUCGAGGCAAAAACAAGUCAAAGCCUAGAUCAACUAAAGAGGCAACAGAGUUCGGGUCUUGGGCUGGCGGGGGUAGGAAAGCCCUAACACAGCGCGCUGGAGAAUUUCUUCGGAACAUGGGACAUGAGUUGGAUAGAAUUGCUAAUGAGUACUCGUCAACUCUUGAAGGCUUUAUCAGUCAAUUGCCUAUGCAGCAACAUGUGGAUUUGAAAUUCCUCUUGUUCCGACUAGACUUCACUGAGUUUUAUAGUCGCCUUCGUGUCAGUACAUAAAUAUACUGGUCUGGUCAAAGAAUGAUUGUGGUUAAUUCUUUCAGCAGAACAAGGCGUGGAGUUGCAAAGAGGGUCCCCACCAUUUGUUAUGUCACUUGUGACUCAACAUAUGCUGCGGGCCUGCAGCGACCAACCAGUAAUUUUUUCAUUGCAUGCAAUGGAAACUGAUGAUGUUGACCUUUCUGACGAGUUAGUGUGGGCAUGUUCAAUGUUGAAAAACUAAGGUAUUUGUAUUGUGAAGUCAAAUUGUUAAUUGUAUGGUUAAAUUCGAAGUAUUUCUUAUGAUCAACUCAGGUUGUUAGUGAAUACUAAUGUACACGAUUUGUAUCUGAUGUUUCUAGUGAUGAGUUUGUGUUGCCUUGUGGUGUUUCCAAGUUUCUUGACCUGAUUUGUGCAUCAGUGUUAUAUUUGUGUUCAUCAAUCAAUUAAUUGAUAAGGAAAGUGUUACAUUUUCUGUGGA